CUGAGCAGUGCAGUUAUGAACAUCAGCAGCAGCGUCGUCCGUGGCUCUCUCGCGGUGGAUAGCGGGUGUUUGUAGGACACUGGGCCUACGGAGGGAGGGGUCCUGGCCUGGGCACGCUCCCCGAAGAGGCCCCGGGGCCGCCGCUGGAUGGAGUCGGGCUGCAUUCAGACAGCAAUGGCUAUGGGUUUGACAUCGAAGAAGGCGUCUGCACGGAGCGUCGGCGUGGAGCGAAAGAACCUCAUCACGGUUUGCAGAUUCUCUGUUAAGACUCUCCUGGAAAAGUACACAGCAGAGCCCAUAGAUGACUCAUCUGAGGAAUUUAUUAACUUUGCCGCCAUUUUAGAGCACAUCCUCAGCCACCGCUUCAAAGGUAACACCACAGGUUCUGGAAGCUGGUUCAGCUCAGAUGGACAGCGCAGUUUCUGGGAAUACAUCCGAGUGGCAUGCAGCAAGGUUCAGAACAGCUGCAUCACCAGCAUUGAAAACAUAGAGAACAUCAGCACAUCACGAGCCAAGGGCCGGGCAUGGAUUCGAGUGGCACUGAUGGAAAAACGUCUCUCUGAAUAUGUGUCCACUGCUCUGAGAGACACGAGAACCACCAGGAGGUUCUAUGAUGAUGGAGCCAUUAUGCUGAGAGAGGAAGCCACAGUUCUGACCGGCAUGCUGAUUGGUCUGAGUGCCAUUGACUUCAGUUUCUGUUUGAAGGGUGAGACUCUGGAUGGGAAAUCUCCUGCUGUCAUCGACUACACACCCUACCUGAAGUUUACUCAGAGUUACGACUACCUGAGCGAUGAGGAUGAUCGUCACAGUGUGGACAGCAGUAACAGUGAGGAGAGUGUCCCUGAUCAUCCAUACAUCCCUCUCGUGACCGACGAGGAGAGCUGGAGCAACAAGUGUCGCAAGAUGGAGCAGAGGUUCAAGAUUGUUUACGCCCAAAAGGGUUAUCUGGAGGAGCUGGUGCGUCUGCGUGAGUCACAGCUGAAAAACCUGGAGACAGAGAACAAGCGGCUGAGGGCCAAAGUGGAAGAGCUGAGUGUGCAGAGCCAACAGGAGAAGAAGGAGCUGGAGGCCAUUGUGCUGGAGCUACAGGCACAGCUCUCGGCCCUUACACCCUGUGAUUCCUCUCAUCUGGAUAAAGAUCUCUCCAUUCCGCUGGUCAACCAGUGGUCCACCAUCACAAACAACCAAGGCGAUGUCAAACUGUUCCGCAGGAGGAGUUUCCACAGUUUUGAGCAGCUGUCUGCUGAAAUCAGUCUGAACUCUGACUCCCAGAGGACUGACGGGAGACAGAACGGAGAUGCUGACUGGACUUCAGCAGGAAAAGACAACACUCCUUCCAUGCUGGGUCUCUGCGGCUCUCUGGCAUCUUUGCCGAGCUCUAAGUCUCUGGCCAGCCUCAAGUCCAGCGAGUGUUUGGUCAACAUCAGCACUGACCCCAGCCCUGCACUCUCCCCCAGCUAACUAACCGCAACUGAGAUUUCACCCCCAGCCUGUCCGCCUGGUGAUGCUGCGUUGACCAAGACUCUACAUCCAUCCAUCUUUGGAUUUUUGUACACAAGAGUGAAGUCAUCUUCAACCCGAAAGGAUCCAUCAACUUUGGUUGUGUCCCUUAUUAACUUCUCACACACUCUCCCAACCACCGCUCUGUAACGUUUGUGAAUCUCCUUUAGACAAGAUCAUGCAAUUCCACCAAAGCAUCAGUUUAUUUCCUUCCUUAAAAUGUAUCAUCUGUGUAGUAGUGAGCUUUUUGCUUCUGUUUUCCUCAUCUAAAUACAACCAAAACAGCUCUGGCUGUUCUGUGGAUGCAGCCACUGACAAAGGGAUGUGAUUAUCAUUGUCAGAGAUCAAGAUUAUAUAUUUGAGGUAGAGGAUGGGCUUUUACACUGUCUUUCUCUGUCUUAUUGCUGUCUGUUUUGUGAGUUAGACUGAAGGGUACUUGGGGUCUGUCUCCCCUGGAGAUGCAUAUGAUUCCUGCUUGAAAAAUCAAACACCACAAACUGUUGUAGUCUAUUUAUUUAUUUAUUUAUUCAAUCAGAUUUCAAGCCGUCAAUUUUGUUCAUUUAUGUAAUUGUGGGGUGUUUUUUAUGUUGCAAUAAACUGUCUUUUUUCCAUUAA